AGUUUUUUUCCCAUUAUUUUUCGGCUUCAAUAAAUGUUGGGAAUGCAAAUAAAUUAAUAAAUUUAUUUGAUUCAGUGUAAUCAUGGAUAUAUUACCUACCAAUAAUGAUGAAAAGACGAAAGUUACAAAGAAAAUUAAAUGUUCGUAUAAGCUUAGAAAUCUUCGUCAAUGUCUUAUGUUUAAGCCUCAAAUUUUAAAGCUAAUUUUGAAAAUGCGGCACUGUAUAAGCAAGAAAAAUGUUAUUUUAACACGAUUGAAAAAGCAAUUAAAGUUGUUGACAAACAUUGAAGUGGUUACAUCUUAUGCACAAACAGAUGAUACAAGUUUUGAUUUAGGAAAAAGGCAGAUUUCAGAAGAACUUGGGGAAAAAAAGGCAACAGUAAAUGAUGUAUAUACCCAAACUGAAGAUAUUUUAGUUUAUGAUAAUAUAACAAAGCACGAAUCUUGUCUUAAAGGAAAAGUGGAUGAGCCAGAACCUGCUUGGAAUAUUAACAAAGAAGGAGCUGAUAAAGAAAAAAGCAUUGCAGAACAGGUUGAAGAAGUUGCCCAAUCAGCUUUAAGAGAAACAGGAAUGGUGUAUGUUGAUUCAGCUGGAAUGUAUUACGAUUACAAGACAGGGUACUAUUAUAAUUCCGAAUUGGGUUUAUACUACCAUACGGAUACCGGUUGCUACUAUUAUUAUUCAGAUGAAAAACAAAAUUUUGAAUUCCAUUCAUAUCCUGAUAGGAGUGCUGAAAAUGCAAAUGCAUCUUUAAUAAAGCAUCAAAAAAAGAAAGCCAAAAAACAUAAAAAGGCAAUGAAAACGAAUAUUGAUAACCUGACGAAAACAUUCUCUCAGGUUUCACUUCAAGGCCCAGUUGCCUUAGGUAAAUAAAUAGAUCAGAAGUUUCUUCCCAAUACAAACAUAUGAAAUGUUAUAUUACAGGGAAAAGAAGAAGAUGAUUCUGAAGAAUCCAGCAAACCAAAGCGAAAAAAGAAUUCACAUGAAAAGAAGAGCAUUGAGGAAGAAAAAUGUAAUACAGCUGUGAAUCAAAAUAUUGAUUUGGAAACAAAGAAGAAUGUGGAGAAUGAUGAGAGCGAAAAGCUUGUAAAACUUGAAACUUCAGUAAAAGUGGUAGAAAAAGAAGAAGUGAAGGUGGAAAAAGAAGAUGAGAUGGAAGAUGGCGAAUGUAGUGAAACUGAUGGUGAAGAAGAAGCCGACAAGGAUAAUGAGGAAGACUCGGACCUAAAUAAUAGCACCUCAACUGACACUGAUGAUGAAUCCGUAACUAAAUAUCAUCCACCAUGCAUACGUUUGAUAGUACGCGAAUCAAACCUACAAAAGCUGAAAGUCGGAAGUCUUUUUCUCAUCACCAAAGAUGGCGGCUCAAUUGGUAGAGAAGGUGACCAACAUGCUAUCGUUAUAAACGAUAGUAAUGUAUCGAGGGUAAGUUGGUAAAAAAUAAUUCAAAUUUGAAUCGACGUUUUUAUCCUUCAUUAAAGUUACAGCAUAUAUAGGUUCCAAUGCUGGGCCCAGGGCUCCCUUCAUUUCUGAGAGGGUUUUAGGGCAAGGAAAUAUCCGCCGCGCUGCACCAAUGCGUGUCGGCGAACUUCAUAUGUCUUCUAAAUAUAUUUUUUUACAGAUUUCUCAGACAUUCAGGUUUCCUCACAAUGUUUUCCUUCAUCGCCGAGCAUGUAGUAAAUAAGCACUUAAAAUUGCAAUUAACAAUUUCAUUGGUGACGGCGGGGAUCGGACUGACAAUUAGGCAAAGGAAAAACGUUGUAAUUAUACGAUGUUUGACAUAUUAAAAAUUUGAUAUUAUUUGUACAUUUACCUGGUACGUUUGAAAUUUUUUUUGCCCCCAGAACCACUUGGACAUAAGAUACAAUUUGGAGCGAAACGUUUACCUGGCAACGGAUCUUGGGUCUAAAAACGGAACAAUUCUGAACGGGAUUCGGAUGUCGGAAAGUCAAGAUAUAAGCGAGCCUAUGGAGGUAUAACUCGAAAAGCACAUACCGUGUAUAUUGUUCUUGUCUUACCAAGAAAUGAUCAGCUGUUCCUAAAAUACACUUAGUACAAAGUAUAAAAUAGAAUAUCAAUUACUAUUACUUUGUUCGAAGGUGGUUCAUGGGAGUGUGAUACAGUUGGGCGAGACGAAACUCUUGUGUCAUAUACACCCUGGCAAUGACACGUGUGGACAUUGCGAACCUGGACUGAUAAUAGAAUGUACGUAUUACAAUUUAUUACAUUCUAAUGAACAAUUCAUACCUGAGUGAUAGCUAAUAAACGUGCCCACUAUAUCACCACAAUUUUCAACCGACGUCAAAAAAGGUUCUCAAUUCUACUGUAUUUUUUUUAUGGGUUUUACCUCAGAACAUUUUUUUCUUUGUGAAUCGAUUUUGAUGAUUCUCUUCUAUUUGAAAGCUGGUGCUUCCCGUGUGCUAUAUAAAUUUGAUCGAGGUCUGAUCAGUAGUUUUAGAUCUGAUUAGUAGUUUUUUUUUAAAUUUAUUAUUAGAACUUUUAGUAGUAGUAGGCAGCGUCGACGUCGGCAGCGUGACCUUCAUAUCAUCAUCAUUACAGCCCUUCACAAGUCUACUUCCGAACAUAGGCCUCCCCCAAGAAAUGACACAAAGCACGGUCCUGAGUCAUCUGAAUCCAUUGACUUCCUGCAUGUCUUACCAGGUCGUCACUCCAUCUAGUGGGGCAACGCCUUACACUUCGUCUGCCGGUACGAGGCUGCAACUCGAGAAUUUUACUUCCCCAUCGGUUGUCGGUUCUUCACACUAUAUGGCCGCCCCAUUGACACUUCAAUACUAAUUCUACUAAUACUAAUUCUUUGGACUAUGUCGGUUACUCUGGUUCCACUGCGGAUAUACUAGUUGUUAAGUCUAUCACGCAGAGAUACGCCGAGCAUAGCCAUUUCCAUAGCUCGCUGAGCGACUUUGAGCUUCCUCAUACGGCCAGCAGUGAAGCAGCACGUCUUAGAUCCAUAGGUCAUCUCUGGCAACACGCAUUGGUUGAAUAAUCUAGUUUUGAGGUUCUGAGGUAUAUGUCUAACGAGAAGAUGUGUCGUAAUCGCCUGAACGCUACCCAGCCGAGUUGAAUCCGGCGAUUGACCUCUCGGUCGAAAUUGGACUUACCUAGUCGAACUAUUUGUCCCAGGUAAACAUAUUCGUCAACAACUUCGAACUUAGUGCUCCCAACAACUACCGGCAUAGGUGUGACAUGGACGUUAAACAUGAUUUUUGUUUUGUCCAUGUUCAUCUUCAUUAAAACCUAUCCGUUGGGAGACACCAUUGAGGUCAUUCAGCAUAGUGCUUAGGUCUUCCUGCGAUUCUUCCAUAAGAAAUAUAUCGUCUGCAAAUCGAAGGUGAGUGAUGUACUCGCCAUUGACGUUGAUACCGUAUCCUUUCCAGUCCAGUAGCUUGACAACAUCUUCCAAUGCAGUGGUUUUAGUGGUUUAGUGGAAGAGUUUCGGGGAUAUUACGUAACCCUGUUCUCUCUCUCUCUCUUAUUAAAAAACGUUACCCCCACACUAGGAUUUUCUCCUGUGUCGUGGAGGCAGUUUACAAACAUAAAUUGCACAAGGACAAACAUCCAGACCCGGAACAAUUAUUUGUAGGCCAUACAAAUACUUAUUCCGUGCGGGAUUCGAACCCGCGGCCCCUAGCGCAACAACUGAUUGCUAAGCCACUGCGCCACGGAGCCGUCAAACUGUCUUACUUAAGCUUAACUUAAGCCUGUCUUACACCUCUCUGCAGUUGGAUAGGUUUCGUACUCUGGUUCUGUACUCGGAUAGCCAUCGUAGUCCUACUGUACAAACACUUCAGCACUUCGAUAUACCGAUAGUCCACUUGGCAUCGCUGGAGGAAUUGCAGCACCGCCCAAAUUUCGACGGAAUCAAAGGCUUUCACAUAGUGUUACGCAAGAUAAAGUGGCAGAUUGUACUCUUCGGUCUUUUGUACAAUUUGCUGAAGGGUAUGUAUGUGGUCUAUGGUGUUAAAGCCUUUUCGGAAACCGAUUUGUUCGGGAAGCUGGACGUCGUCGAAUGACUCUCGAAAACAGCACGUAGACGCGGCUCAGAAGGGAAAUCGGUCUGUAGUUCUUCAAGAGAGCGUUGUCGCCUUUCUUGAAGAAUAAGACCACCGCACUUCUGCUCCACGCCUCCGCUGUAGUGCCACUAUGGAGGACGGAAUUAAAGAGCUUCUGAAGGACUUCAAGUACCGGUUUUCCACCCGCUUUCAGAAGCUCCGCUGUAAUUACAUCUUCGCCAGGGGCCUUGCUGUUUUUAAGGUGCUGGAGAGCCAUUCUAAUCUCGCUCAGACUGACGUCCGGGAUAUCAUCGGAAUAGUGUCGGAUAAGAUUUGCUCUUGGAUCGUUACUCACACUUGCGUGUGGCUCCAACGAUGACGUGUAUAUCUGUCCAUAGAACCUCUCAAUCUCCGCAUGCGUUUGGAGAUCUGUCUGUUCAGUUGCCUGUAUGCUAUCAAAUCUACUGAAGACUGCAACUUCAUUUCCCGUCUAACAGCCAUGAGAUUAAGAGUGUGAUCGGAGAGUUUUUGUGAUCUUCUGCGGCGGGUCUUUCAAAACUUAGCUCCGACCGCAUGGACAGUUUCUACAAGCUUGUCAUUUAUAUCGUGCCUUGCAUUGCAAUCUUCUAGGCACUGAAAACGGUUUCGUAGCUCGAGCUGCAAGGUUUCGGGACUUUGGAUUAGAGCACGAGGGGGACGGAGCGUUGACUUCAUUAGACGUGACCUCUCCAACUUAACGUUUAGGUUUAGUGUGUCACUAACCAUUCGGUGAUUGCUACCAGUUUUCACCUUCGCGAUCACUGAGACAUCAUAAUGAAGUCAAUCUCAUUUUUUGUCGAACCGUCGGGGCUCGACCAGGUCCACUUCCUGUGGGGCCGCUUCUGGAAGAAAGAAUUCAUCAUAAAGAGUCCCUCUUUCUCCAUGAAGUCGGCCAGCUGCUGGUCCCUUGGGUUCCUUUGCCCUAUUCCGAAUUUCCCUACUUUCAGCUCACCGUUCUCUCUUGUGCCUAGUUUUGCGUUAGUCUCCCAUUAUCACCGUAUAGUGGGUUUUGGAGGAAUGCAUGGCUCUAGAGAUAUCCUCAUACAUUUCCUCCACCUCCUCAUCGGGAUGGGCCGAGGUUGGCGCCUAAACCUGUAUGACCUUCAGCGAAUACCGUUUGGUGAUUCUGAUAAGGUACGCAACCCUCGUCGACACACUCCCAAUCUUUACAACGUUGUUAAGACGAUAAAUCCGACACCUCCUUGGGACAGAUGGUCGCCCUCCCGGUGAUAGAACAAAUUGCCGGAUUCGAGGAUUACCGUGUCCUCCCCCUCUCUUUAGACUUCGCAAAAUCCUAUAAUAUUCCAGCGCAACUUGUCUAUCUCUUCUUCCAGCUCCAGGAUCUUCUCAUCAGUUCAGAGGGUGCGUGCGUUAUAGGUUGACAGGUCGAGUCGUCUUAGGUGGCAACCGAACCUCCACCGGAAAUUCUUAGCACCCCCUGCCCCGCCGUUACCAUGGUCACCACCGUAGCCAGGAAUAGCGGGGCCGCCGGGGACUGGGAUCCGUUUAUUAGUGUCAUUGCUCAUAAGGGGCAUAUUGCCAUAGUUGCCACGCUUGGCGAGCGGGUUGAAAACCGCAGUUUUUUAUUGCUUUUUGCUGUUAUCAGAAAGAUGCUGCUGGCCCAUCUUUGCCUUAGUUUCCCUCUGUCGCCUUUUACGACAUCCACGGGAAGAUAUGGGGUAGUGAGUAUUCUUACCCGCCACUACACGGGCUUCAUAUGACUAACUUAAUUUAAGAGAAGAAAUAAAACCAAAUUUACGUAUAAUUAAGGUUUAUUAUAAUAUUGACGUGACAAAUUGAAUUGACAAAGU